AUGAAAGAAGGUGUACCAAAAUUGAUUUUGCAAUUGCAGCAGCAGGAAGCAAGACUACAAACCUGGGAGUCUUUGACAGAGGAAGAGAUUCAGGAGGCCAUCAAAACAGCAGAAGAGUGGAACAGUCAGGGUGUUCCUCCUGAGGUGCAGAUAGACAUUGCCAAAAAGAAAAGUAAGAGCAUGGUCUACCACUUCACUAACAAGAUGUACAAAUGGGCUGGAAUGAGAGUGUUUGUGUUGGCUGCAAGAAAGACAGAAAAGGGCAUGCUAUUGGUAACUAAGCCCACCCCUCUCUAUUGGUACACCUCCAUUUGGGCCCACCUCAGAAUGAGUAGGACUACAAACCCAUUCCAAAGCACUACACAAGUCACAGCUCAGAUAUUGAUAUGUAUAAGCAGAAAUGGAGAGCCAGAAAAAAUGAUUAAACAGCUCAUAGAACUUGGAAUCAAAAAGCAGAUGUCGAAGUAG